AUUGGUGUGGUCGUUGCAACUUUUCUUUUCAACACUGGACGUAUUAUAAAAGCAGUGGACAUCUUUAACGAAUGUUUGGUGCUCCUUAACGGUAAAGCCCUAGAGACAAUCAAAGAACUUACCACACCACUGGUUAUCUUUGUAUACCAUAAACUUUUUCACGGCUAUACUCUUAUCUACGAUCACACCCGUGCAGUAGAAUGUGGUAAAAAGCUUCACGUGAUACUACACAAUAGUGGCCAAAAAGAAGAAGAAGGGAUCAUAUUACUUAAAAUAGCGAACAUCUACAAUCAAAGAAGCAAAUACGAGGAAGCAAAACAGUUUUACGAGAAGGCACUCGGCAUCAUGAUUCAGGCUGGAAACAAUCGCUUAGUUGGAACAUGUUACGGAAAUCUAGGAACUGUGUUUCAGUCUGUUGGUCAAUAUACCAAGGCUGAAGAAUACCUUCAAAAAGCACUAGUGAUCGAGAAAGAAAUCGGUGACAAAAGGGGAGAAGCAAGAGCUUACGGAAAUCUAGGAACUGUGUUUCUUUCUGUUUGUCAAUAUACCAAGGCUGAAGAAUACCUUCAUAAAGCACUAGUAAUCAGCAAAGAAAUUGGGGACAAAGAAGGAGAAGCUGCAGCUUGCGAAAGACUAGGAACUGUGUUUAAGUUUUUUGGUCAAUAUACCAAGGCUGAAGAAUACCUUCAAAAAGCACUAGUGAUCAGGAAAGAAACCGGUGACAAAGAUGGAGAAGCAACAGUUUACGGAAACCUAGGAGAUGUGUUUCUUUCUGUUUGUCAAUAUACCAAGGCUGAAGAAUACCUUCAAAAAGCACUAGUAAUCAACAAAGAAAUCGGUGACAAAGAGGGAGAAGCUGAAAAUUACGGAAAUCUAGGAAUUGUGUUUAAAUCUGUUGGUCAAUAUAACAAGGCUGAAGAAUACCUUCAUAAAGGACUAGUGAUCAACAAAGAAAUCGGUGACAAAAGGGGAGAAGCAACAACUUACGGAAAUCUAGGAACUGUGUUUCAGUCUGUUGGUCAAUAUACCAAGGCUGAAGAAUACCUUCAAAAAGCACUAGUGAUCAGGAAAGAAAUCGGUGACCAAGAAGGAGAAGCUGCAGAUUACGGAAAUCUAGGAACUGUUUCUUUCUGUUGGUCAAUAUACCAAGGCUGAAGAAUACCUUCAAAAAGCACUACUGAUCGAGAAAGAAAUCGGAGACAAACAAGGAGAAGCUGCAGAUUACGGAAAUCUAGGAACUGUUUUCCAAUCUGUAGGUCAAUAUACCAAGGCUGAAAAAUACCUUCAUAAAGCACUUGUGAUCAGGAAAGAAAUCGGUGACAAAAAAGGAGAAGCUGGAGAUUACGGAAAUCUGGGAACUGUGUUUCUUGCUGUUGGUCAAUAUACCAAGGCUGAAGAAUACCUUCAAAAAGCACUACUGAUCAGGAAAGAAAUCGGUGACAAAGAAGGAGAAGCUGCAGAUUACGGAAAUCUAGGAACUGUGUUUCAGUCUGUUGGUCAAUAUACCAAGGCUGAAGAAUACCUUCAAAAAGCACUAGUGAUCAAGAAAGAAAUCGGUGACAAAAGGGGAGAGGCAAGAGCUUACGGAAAUCUAGGAACUGUGUUUCUUUACGUUGGUCAAUAUACCAUGGCUGAAGAAUACCUUCAAAAAGCACUUGUGAUCAGAAAUGAAAUCGGUGACAAAGAAGGAGAAGCUGCAGAUUACGGAAAUCUAGGAACUGUGUUGUUUUCUGUUGGUCAAUAUUGCAAGGCUGAAGAAUACCUUCAAAAAGCACUACUGAUCAGAAAAAAAAUUUGA